AAAUUUGGGUGCCCAAGUAAUGAUUGUUUUUAGGUUACAAAAAUUCGCUAGCAAUGCCAUACUGUUCCACAGUAUGAAUCCAAAGGUGCUCGGGGCUCAGGGGUUCUCCUGUGUAGCUCGCAGGGUUUAUGUAUUGCACCCUCUACACCCCUGCAAGGAUUGAGGCAAUAUUUUUCUCUCAAGCAUGGUCGUCUUCUGCGUAGCCCGCGGAGAGUUCUGGGAUAGUUUACGGCGGGAACACUUCAAAAUGGCGACUCGUUGUAAUGAUGAUGUGAAGCAAUUUGAAGAGGAAAAACCGAGUAAGAAAGCCAAAAUUGCAGAUAAGGACCAAGUCGAUGGUCAAAGUAUUAUCAUAAAAUCACUUGAAAGUUUCAAACUGGUGAAGGUUCUUUGGAAUGACAUAAUUACGAAAACUAUUUUCGUACACGGGAAAGUCUCAGGCUCAGAAGGAAUAGAUGAAGAUGCUGUCAUUAAGCUGGAAAAAACACCUUUUGAUGAUAAUAAAGUUGAAGAAUUCUUAGCAAAAUCAACAGAACUGAAGCUGUCAUUCCAGAAUGAUAUUUAUUCUCAAUAUACUGCAACUGCAGAUCCUGAACUGAAUACCCUCAAAGCUGUGACUAUAGUCCCAGCAACACAAAAACAUAUACUGAAGUACAGUAGCCAAAACUUUUAUCUCAUACAUGAAACUCCUCAGGAUUUUGCAGAGAUCACAUUGCCACACAUCAAAGAAAAUCAACAUAGUUUACAAUGGGUAUACAACAUUAUUGAACACAAGGCAGAGUCUGACCGCAUCAUUUACGAAGAUGCCGAUCCAGAGACAGGGUUUCUGUUAUUACCAGAUCUGAAGUGGAAUGAAAAGCAAGUGACAGAUCUUCAUCUUACAGCUAUUGCAGUAAAGCGAGAGAUAAAUUCCUUGCGAAGUCUAACAGCGGAACACUUGCCAUUAUUAAAAAAUAUCCGAAGCAAAGGAAUGGAAGCAGCACAGAAAAAGUAUGGAGUGAAUCCGGACCAACUGCGUGUUUUCCUUCAUUACUACCCAACAUAUUAUCACUUGCAUGUGCAUUUCGUCUCUGUCUCUUCGGUGACAGCAUCUGUUGCGAUUGGGAAAGCACACUUUAUUGAUGAUGUCAUAGACAAUAUCGAAAACAUAAACGAUAAUUUUUAUCAGAAAAAGACUUUAACAGUGGUACUUGGUGAUCGAGAUCCAUUGCUAGGAAAAUUUGUAAAGGCUGGGAAAUUAAAAGAGACCCAAGAUAUUGAUUGAACAAGCAUCAAUAUCAACUUAUUUGCUCCAUGUAAGAGAUGCUUUAACGUCAUCACAGUGGCCUAAUCUACCGACCUGCAUGUGAGUGAGCUGAUUUCAGCAUCGAAAAGUGCAUUCACUAUGCCUGAGGUUCGUUCGUGUUAAUCAAUAGGUAGAGGGUUGAAAACUUUGCCUGCAAAUCCAGAAAUACCAACAUCUUUUAAUGUAUAUCUUAUCACUUUAUUUACCUUUUAUAUAGAUACACUAAAUUUGAUAUCUGUUGCCUUGUUGCGCUAUUAAUGUCAUUGUUAUGCCACCUUACUGCUCCUAGGCAAGUUACCUUGCAACUGGCCGAUGAUAGCCUUGGCCUGUUCUCUAUUUUGUAGCCCCGUUAUUAUUCAUACGCUUUAUUUGAUCUUGAUUUCGUACGUGUUUUGCGUGAAUGCACUUCCUAAGAAGACUGAGGCACGAUUUGCAAAAAAAAAUUAAGAACAAUGAAGAAAAUCAACCUUACUUACUUGCAAGACUGUUAUUUAACGGUCUUAAAAACUGUUUGCUGUGUGUAGAUGUAGAAAACUACAAACAAAAUUACGAACAUCCAAACAUCAAAAUAUCAAAAAAAUAAGAAAAACGAGUGCGGCAAAAAUAAUCGAGCUCGUUUUAAAAAAAUGUACAACUGUAAUUAUUACUGGGAUAAUCAUGUCAUACGACCAAAGUCGUCCUUUGUCGGGUGAUUUAUCAAGAAAUCCCAAGCACUAGAUCAAUAUAUAAAGAACUUAGAGAAACUUCAAGUUUUUGGCGAUAGUUUCAUCUCGAAAUUAAUGUAGUUUUAAGUUUAAAUUUACAGUUACUUGACAUUUCUUUCUUUCCAUUGUGCAAACUCAGUGGCGGCUCCAGCCUGGGAUAAAUGGGGGGGGGGGACAAAAGGUGUGUCAGGGACCACGCCCUUUCCCCGUGAUUGAAGCAUUUUCUCUCGGAGGAUACAACUCUUAUACCCCAAGAAAUGUCAUUUAAAUGUGACAAUCUAGAUAACGUACAUAUCCCCCCCCCCCGAAGUUUUCUCAACAGGUUUGCAAGAAUCUAAAGGACCGAAUUUCUGAAAAUGUGUGGGGGGGGACUAGUCCCCCCAUUCCCCCCCGUGGCUCUGCCACUGUGCAAACUUGAUGUCUUUUUUCAACCUUCUGUACGAAAUAUCCGAAUAUUCUACCGCCAUGCCACGCCCUUCCUGGUGCCCGGGAGAUCAAAGUUAAGUCAGUUAAGUCUGCAGAGGCUCAUCAGAGCAUCGAUGACGUUAGCAAUUCGGGACGAAAUGCAAAAACUGGGACGGGUCAUCGGAAUGAUCAUAAGGCAAUAUUACAUGUCGCCAUUGCUUUUGUUUAAACGGUUCGAGUUACGAAAACCCGCUUAACGCCAUUUAUGAUCUUCUUACACUAAUUAGCGUUCACACUUAAAACUCAACACAUAUAAGAAUUAAACCGGCGUUGAAGGGUAUUGCUGCAUUAAGGCAUUGCUUUAGGUGAAAUAAUUUCAGAGGAAGAGAAACCACAGACUGCCGUGUUAAAGAACAUGCAUAGGAUUGCGAUAUUGCUUUGCACUUCUUAGGCAUUGCCACUUCAAUCCAAUUAUCAAAAGCCAUCGUAUUCAGGAACUUAGGACUUUAACGUGAAUUUUUUGUUGAUCGUGAAGAUUAAAACAUAAGGUGUAACAUUUUUUCUAAGACCUGGUAAUGUCAAAACACACAUUUCGAUUCCUAUGAAAAAACCCUGCUACUUCAUGUAAGGAGGAGUUGGUUUCCGUACAAACUCUUCUGCUCGGAUUCCAAGGAACUUGAUGCAAAAAUAAUCGACCCAGCGAUGCAUUUUAUAAACCUGGACUUUUGCCACUGCCUCUUUGUAACUUUAUUUCCUUCUGCAACAUUUUCCCUCUCAGAAGUAAACGUUAUUAAAUUUUCAUUGAUAUUACUAAAAUAUGGGUAUACGCAGGUACAAUAGAACGCUAACGGAGCAAGUGCGAGCAAGUGCUAGUAAAGGGGGCAAGCUUUAGCAGUUUUUGGAGGAGGGGCGAUGAGGAGGUAGUGUCCCCCCCGUGGCUCCGCCACUAGCUACUACGUAUAAACAUCCGCGGAAGCGAGCCAAGUUGUAGAUUUCAACGUUAGAGCUUUAUUUGAAAAAGCUUGUAAAUGAUCAUAAAUCGGAGAAACAGCAAUUUUCAUCGUUUUAAAGACUCUUUUAUGUUCUUUACGUUUUUAACAGAGUGAGGAGAACAUUACGGUCGCACGGCCACUGACUUGAGGAAGGUCCACGAAAAGCAAUAGAAGCUCCAAUGACACACCCAAGCCACGCCCACUUUCUACUGUUUUUUGAGGAAGGUUUGCCUUCUGGGAUGUUUUUGUCUGGAGGAAGGUUAACACCUUUUCUGGAUUCUUUGUUUUUAACUCUUCUUAGUGCUUUGAUCUAGAGAAACUUAGCUGAUGCGAAAAUCUUAGUGGAAAAAAAUAGCCAUUGCAAAUUAAACCAAUGCCAUAUCAAUGAUAGUGGCCUUAAAAAAACUCAAGUGCAUUUGACGCUUAGAACCGAUAUUCUAAGAUGUAAUCCAUGCCCAGUUUGAAGGCAGUUAAAAGGAAGCAGCGAAAAAAAAGAAACUGUCAGUUCAAGUUAUUGAUCUCAGAGUUUUUUCGUAUUCAAUUCAAAAAUUUAAUACACAUUUUUAAUAUCACCACGACUGGCCUAGUUUAUGUACAAUCGAUGACUCCGUCGUAUUCAUAGGUUCAGGGCAUACUUUAUACACAUAGCUAUUUACUUAGAUAAUUGACUGGCAUCCCACAUUUGGAAGCUUUU